AUGGCAGGCAUAGGAGCAGGAUAUGACUUAUCAGUAUCUACAUUCUCACCCGAUGGAAGGGUGUUCCAGGUGGAAUACGCUACGAAAGCAGUAGACACAGCUCCAACGGCAGUUGCGGCAGUUUUUAAGGACGGAAUAGUGUUUGCAGCAGAUUCUUUGGCGUGCGGACUCCAAACUGAGUCAGCAACAUACUCGAACGUGUUACAGGCAAAAGCAGCUUGGAGAGUAUUCGCGGUGGACGAACGCAUAGGAGCAGUAGUGGCAGGCCUGUUGCCGGACGCCAAGUGCGUCGUCAAGAGAGCACAGGAGGAAUGUAAGUGGUUUUUGAAGGAGUACGGAGUGCACGCCCCGGUAAGAGUUAUCGCAGAGCGCGUAGCACUUUUCGUCCACGCCUACACCCUAUACUGGCACGUGAGGCCAUUCGGAGUAUCAGUACUCCUAGCUGGAAAGGAUUCCACAGGAGAAGGUGCGUUUCAAAGGCCAUAUGGAUUUUUAGAUGAGUUGUACUGCAUAGAACCCAGCGGGGCAUGCUACAAAUACGGAGGAAUGGCAAUAGGAAAGGGAAAACACGUGGCAAAAACGGAAUUGGAAAAGUUAAACCUGAAGGAAUCAACCUGUAAAGAAUCGCUGGCGAAUAUGUGCUAUGUUAUUUCCCAGUGCCGCGACGAAGGGUCGCUGAAAACAGCCGAUGUUCAGCUGGCCUGGAUAUGUCCGGAAAGCAGCAACACAUUUCAAAUCGUACCGGAAGAUCUAGCAAAUAGUGCGAAGGCCGAAGCGACUCAGCGCUUGAACACAGCCCAGGAAGAAUAA